UCUUUCACCUGGAAACAGACGCUGGAUCUCCAGUGGCGCGUGAGGACGAUUAAAACCAGCAAACAAUAAUUAAAGUCAUUGUUUACAUCAUAAGGACAUUAACAUAUUGUUUCUUGUGAUAUAUGCGUAAUAGGAUGCAAUUAAGAGAUCUGUCACUAUUUUUGCUACUUUCAUAUUCAGCCUAUAUUCGGAAUAUUAAGCACAUUCCGGAGGAUUUGUUUUUUCUACUUUAUUUAAUCUUGUCACUUUGAGAAAGCUGCGAAACGCACACUUCACUGACGGCAAGGAAGGCACGUGCCGGACAAUCCAAACCCCCUUUUGUGGAAUAUUUGCUGAAAUUCAAACACUGACAUUACUCAAUGUUUAAACACAACUGUUUGGAUUUCUCUACGAUUAGACCUGGCUUUCGACUAGUCUUGGCAUUCGAGAUGAGUUACUUGGCGUCACUGAUACACAUAGUUGCAGCGCUCCAGUUCAGUCUUUUACCUGCACAGAGUUCUCCCUUAGUAAGUGUAAACAGCACAGCUAAAGUGAUGCUGUUUCAGGAGGUUUGGGGCAGAAGCUUCUGUCGCACUAUAGAGAAGCUAGUGGAAGUUGUUCAGGAGUACCCUGGGGAGGUGGAGCACAUUUUCAGCCCCGCCUGCGUGCCAUUGAUCCGCUGCGCUGGUUGCUGUGGCGAUGAGAACCUGGAGUGUCACCCUACACUCACUUCUAACACCACCAUGCAACUCUUAAAGAUAAAGCCAGCAGAACAGGGCCAGGAAUAUGUGGAUAUGACCUUUGUGGAGCACAACUCCUGUGAAUGUAGACUAAGAAAGCCGACAACAAAGCAUGAAAGAUGGAAGCCCAGAAAUCGAGGGAGAAAAAGGAAGGAGAAACAAAGAGUGAAAGAUUGUGACAUGUGUCAGCCUCCUCGCAGGUAAAAGAUGACUUGCCGUGAUCUCAGCAAAUCACAUUCACCCGCCCCCUUCUGUGCAUCCUCAUCGUCCUCAUCACUCUCUUAUGGAUGCUGCCAUUGCUCUGCAGCUCAAUAUCCCAGAUGUAAUGGUGAAGGGGCUUCUCUUUAGCACAUGGGGCCCUUUCAGUGAUUUAUACAGGAAGAAUCUGUUGUGCGGUGAUGCAUCCUGACAUUAGCUUCUCACAGCUCUUUUAAGAAGAAAAACCAAUGGACCAAACCUAAAAUCUGAGACUGACCCAAAGGACUUAUAUUAUUAUUAUAUUGUGUAAUAUUAUGUUGUAGUAGUGGUAGUAGUAGUAGUAGCAGUAGUAGUAUUUGAAGUGGUUUCAUUGAUUUAGUUGCCAGCUACACCUUUUCCAAGUCUUCCCUCUUAUUUAUUAAAAUCCACUGCGGUAAACCUGGUUGCAUUUCAUGUGUCACAAAGUCCAUUUUAUGUGUUCAUAUGUCUAGAAUGAAUUAAUGAGAUAAAGUACCAAAGAUGUUUUUGUGUGUGUGUGUGUGUUUGUGUGUGUGUGUGUGUGAGCGUGUAUUUAUCACUUUGUGGGGACCAAAUGUCCCCAUAAGGAUAGUAAAACCCGAAAUUUUUGGCCUUGUGGGGACAUUUUGUCGGUCCCCAUGAGGAAAACGGCUUAUAAAUCAUAUUAAAUUAUGUUUUUUGAAAAUGUAAAAAUGCAGAAUGUUUUAUGUGAUGGUUAGGUUUAGGGGUAGGGUUAGGUUUAGGGGAUAGAAUAUAAAGUUUGUACAGUAUAAAAACCAUUAUGUCUAUGGAAAGUCCCCAUAAAACAUGGAAACACAACAAGUGUGUGUGUGUGUGUGUGUGUGUGUGUGUGUGUGUGUGUGUGUGUGUGUGUGUGUGUGUGUGUGUGUGUGUGUGAGCGUGUAUUUAUCACUUUGUGGGGACGAAAUAUCCCCAUAAGGAUAGUAAAACCCGAACUUUUUGAUGUUGUGGGGACAUUUUGUCGAACCCCAUGAGGAAAACAGCUUAUAAAUCAUACUAAAUAAUGUUUUUUGAAAAUGUAAAAAUACAGAAAGGGUUCUGUGAGGGUUAGGUUUAGGGGUAGUGUUAGGGUUAGGGGAUAGAAUAUAAAGUUUGUACAGUAUAAAAACCAUUAUGUCUAUGGAAAGUCCCCAUAAAACAUGGAAACACUACAUGAGUGUGUGUGUGUGUGUGUGUGUGUGUGUGUGUGUGUGUGUGUGUGUGUGUGUGUGUGUGUGCGUGUGUGUGUGAGCGUGUAUUUAUCACUUUGUGGGGACGAAAUAUCCCCAUAAGGAUAGUAAAACCCGAACUUUUUGAUGUUGUGGGGACAUUUUGUCGAACCCCAUGAGGAAAACAGCUUAUAAAUCAUACUAAAUAAUGUUUUUUGAAAAUGUAAAAAUACAGAAAGGGUUCUGUGAGGGUUAGGUUUAGGGGUAGUGUUAGGGUUAGGGGAUAGAAUAUAAAGUUUGUACAGUAUAAAAACCAUUAUGUCUAUGGAAUGUCCCCAUAAAACAUGGAAAUCCAACGUGUGUGUAUGUGUGUGUGUGUGUGUGUGUACUUUGUCUUUACAUUAAACAUGUCUGAAUACGUGUUUCUUAUUAGCCACGCAAUUUGUUUAAAAUUGUCACCCACACGUAUGAGACUACAGUAUAUUACACUUUAAUUUAGUGAAAACAGUCAAAUAAAGGAUGAACUUUUUUAAACAAAACUUGUUAACUGCAAGGACAAAGACUUUACUCCUAAAAGGGCAGUCAAGAAGAACCGAGACAGACAUUCAGCAUAAUAUGUCUGAAUGUUAGUGCUUUGCUUUAUUUUUUGUUUACUACAUUUUUUAAUGAAACGACUGAAUUUUCCACACUUUGGUCUCCGAUCUGUAAAGUGCUGGAAUUAAACCAAAGAAGCAUUAUUAUCUAAGCUGCUGAAUGAGAAUAGGGCCCGACAUGCAAAUGCAACAGUCUUCCCCAAUAGGGCUAUUAAAGAUUCCCAAUGUAUAAAAAUAUUUUAAUAUGCAUUAUUAUGAUAUAAAUUUAAGAGUAACUUACUUAAUAGUGAGACUUGUUUGUUUUUUAUUUCUGAUUUUCAUUAAAAAUAUUUUAUGAAAGAUUUUGUAAUGUAAGUGUGUGAGUAUGUGAGUGCAUUUUGAAUGGAGAGUAGAAAUUCAGCAGGAUAAUUUGUA